UGCUGGCCAACCGCCGUGAAAAGGACAAAGAAGAAGAAGAAAAUGAGUCUUUGCGCAUGCGCGUGUUGGUCUGCUGCCAUGGCAACAGCGGCGUUUCGUUGCGCUCGAUGUUAGCCCUCAGGGCCGGGCCGGGCCGGACUUGUCGCCUUCAUUCUUGCUCGUUGUUUCUUUUCGUCCGCGACGCGUCGAAGAACCACUUGUUGUUGCCCAGGUGCCCGCCGUCUCGUUCUCUUUUAGCCCGGACACGUCAUGACGCUCACGAGUGAAUACAAGAGGAGUUACGGACGUUCUCGGAGCGUUUCUCCUCAGCCAGGCGACGCGUUGGCCCGUGGCAAAGCCGGGAGCAGAGAAGACCGGCUCGGUUUUGAGAGGCGAUGCGGUCCUGCCGCCGGCGCACGGGCCCACAGCGCCUCCGUCGUCACAGCGCGAAACAAGGAAAACGACCGCAAACGUACGCCGGGUUCCGCCGGGUCAGAUCCUCCGCUGCGUCCGAGGCGCCAAAGACCUCAACCGGUAGCGGGACGCGCACAUUCUCGCGCCGAGAAAGCAGAGCGCCCCUAUGAGUCGGCGAGCGGCAUCGCUGACGCUGCUUCUCCCCUGCUGACGGCACAACAGAUGCUCCGCCCCUGCAGAAGAGAGGCCUCCUCCUUUCGAUUGCAGCCCGUUGCCAUGGAAACGAAAGCGCACGUGACGGAACCGCAGAGCCGUCCCCUCUCCUCGGAAACCGAGUACCGCCGCAGCUUCCGAGGUGUGUCUCCGCCUCGUGGCCCCCCCCGCCUGCGCAAGCAUCUGGAAUGCCGGCAGAGAGUUCCGCUCUCUGACACGCGCGGCAAGAGUCAGAGGAUGAGAAAGGAGUCCGAAAUGAUGCCCCACCCACAGCAUGCUGGCCCCGCCAGCCAAAGCGAAGCCACACCCCCGCCGCAGGUUCAGCGACAACGCAGGAACCUGCUGACGGAAUAUGAAGCCAACUUUCCUUUUCCCCAAUGUGGAGACACAGGCGAGACCCCUCAGGUGAUGCUGUUGAGGGAGAAGGCCCGGUGGUACCGGCGGCGGACGUGGGGGACCAACUUCUCCCGGCAGCACCUGAGCCAGCUCAAGUCCCAGCACAACAUUUCGUGGGAGCCCGACGGCGGCGGCGGCGGCGGGCCCCACCGGCCCGCCUCGGUGCCCCGCCCUUCUCCCUGUGCCCAGGCUCCGGACUCGGCCAGCAGCCGCCCCCGCGAAGGCCCGGCGGCGAUAGAAGACGGCGAGGACGAGGAUGACAAAGGUGCGGGACGCUUUCCCACUCCCGAGAAUUACGGCGGGCCGCUUCACAGAACUCAUCUUGAUCUCACCACACCCACCUGCGCAGGGGGCGGCAUGCUGGUGGGCAAGGCCACUUCACGAGAAGCUUUUCAGAGGCGCCACGGCGGCGAUCCGGCGGCGCACGCCGAGCUUCCUCCGGAAGGGCCCGCGGCGUCCCGGCCGAGCUCGGCCGGGACGCGCGUCAUCCGGGGCCUGCUGAGACACGCCGAAUUCCAACACAACGGUGAGCUGGGCCUGAGGAUCCGCUCGUCCGCCGCCGGCCGCCGCCGGCCGCUUGUGUCCCGACCGAGACGUCACGUGGAGUCGCUCGCUGGCGCCGGCCGUGCUGGAGCGAGGGCGGAACAGGCCGUGCCAAUUCUGGGGGAGGAGCUGAGCCGCCGCCGCCGCCGCCACGGAUGGACCGCUAACUCCACCUUCUUCCCAUUGGUUCAUUUCAGUCUCCUCCUUCGCUCUUCAUUCUUGUACGACUUUUGUAUCCUUUCUUGAGUUCUUAUUUCCUUCAUUCUUCUGACACACAUUUGAUGUGAGUGGUUCUUUAAUUGUCACGGAUUGCUCUCGCUCUUGGAAACUUCUCGUUUCCUCUCGGAACCUUUUAUCCGGUGACGAAGAGUCCGUCCCGCGACGAGGCCUCCCGUUCCCCCGCUGAUCAAAUAUUGUCCGGCUGCGGGCGUCACUUGCGCUCAAAUUCCCGCUGAAGGUACAACGGUUUACCAUAAACGUGUCUUUUGUGACGUCGCGGUUGUUAUUUUGAUGUCAUUAAUUGCCAGUGACGUGUGGCAAUAAACGUGCUUGGCAAACAUC